AUGGAUGUUGACAGCUUUUCCAGAAGGCCUUCACUAGGCAAAGAAGUUGGAUGGGAUGACAUAUUCAAAAAUGUCUUCAGCAAAAGGUCCGAAACUGACGGAGUCCACGAAGACUCAGGUCCUUCUCGAGUUCCCGCAGCCCCAGCGCAUUUGGCCAACUCUGGGGUCUUCUACGUGAAGCUGCAGCCAAGCAAAGAUUUGGCAAUUCUCGCCUCGGCCUCCGACGAGGCCAUUCAGGCCGUCAAAACCCUCGCAAACGCCCUGGGCCACCGCUGGCGCUUCGUAGGCCGCUACCGGGUGCCGCGGGUUUCGCCGGCCGUGCGGCUCGUGGAAAGCCCGCUGCACCAAAGUGACCUCGAAAGACGCAGUUCUGCACAAGACGGAGCUGCUCGCUGGAGUGCAGCUUCUCAGGCGCCCCCAAAGGCCUUCGAAGGAAUGAGCAAAGAGCCCAUCUUCGACCCCUUGAGCGUCGAGCCCCCCGAGAAGUGCUCCGCGGUCUUCAGAUUCGUCGACGGAGUCAUGCAGGUGUACUGGGACCCUGCACAAGAAAGACCGGAUCCGCCUCUUUUGUGGAGUGCAAAUUCGAUUCCAACAGUCAGAGAAUAUCUCGCGGCAUUGCAAGAUGUAAUGAUUGCAGUGCAAGAUCCAGGCGCUGAAGUAGAGGAAACCAAAAACAACAAACACCGGGACUUCUACAAUUGCGCUUUCUACGAGCUUGUGAGCAGGAAGAAGUACAGAACAGAGGGCGACACAGUAGUCGCUACAGAAGAUGGCCAGGGCAUAACGUUGAGGGAUUUGUUUCAGAAAGAAUUGGGGUUCAGUGCAAGUGAAGCGUCAGUUGAUCACCUGAAUGUCCACGCUCUUGGUUCUUGUUUUCAACGCUUUGAUCUGUUUAAUCAGAAGUACAAUCCGUUUGGUCAAGCUAGGCUCCGAGAUGUAUUCCUCAAGACCGAUAACCACAUCAAAGGCCGCUUUCUCGCAGAGUUGACGCAAGAGGUCAUUGCAGAUUUGGACGAUAGAAAGCUCUACCACGUCUAUAGAAAGCGAGGGGAGAUACCUAACUUUGGCACGCUGCUGAGAAAUGUCUUCGAGCCAUUGUUUGAUGCUGUGAAGGAUCCCCAAAAGCACCGCAAAAUAUUCUUAUUUCUGCAGGCCAUGGUGGGCUUUGACUCCGUUGAUGAUGAGUCCAGGGUUUCUAAAUAUACGAUGGAGGGCGGAGAUCUGCCACCUCCUUGCGAAUGGACGAGCUAUAACAAUCCCCCAUAUUCCUACUGGAUAUUUUACAUGUAUGCGAACAUUCGCGCGUUGAACUUGUUUCUUGAGGCCAGAAAUAUGAGGCCUCUUAGCUUCAGGCCGCACUGUGGAGAGGCCGGAAGCACUAGUCAUUUGGCGGCGGCAUUCUUGUUAGCCGACGGAAUAAACCACGGAAUUCUCUUGAAGGGGGCCCCCGUCUUGGAAUAUAUGUUUUAUCUUAAGCAGAUCGGCAUUGCAGUUUCUCCUCUUUCAAACAACGCUCUAUUUGUCGACAUAGCUAAGAAUCCUCUCUACUCUUUUUUCAAGAUUGGCCUGAAUGUGUCGCUCUCCACCGAUGACCCCUUGAUGUUUCACUUUACUGAUGAGCCUCUUCUGGAAGAGUAUUCGAUUGCAGCACUUGUAUCAUACCAAUGCGUUUGUGCUGUUAGUGGGUUUGAAAAUGAGUUUAAGAGACACUGGCUAGGAGAUAGUUACUGGUUGCCGGGGAGCGAAGGAAACGACAUGCGGAGAACGAACGUCAGCAAUAUCAGACUCCAAUAUCGGAUUGACACCUGGAGGGAAGAACUGGAGUAUAUGCGCGAGAUCUUGAACAUGAGGAUAGUCUUAACAGCAAACCAGCAGCAACAGCCGAGUAUCACUGGCCCGAUUGCUGUUGCCCAGACGCCUCCGUCCAAUCAUUUCCUGCAGGUUCCCCACGGCAUUCCCUUGAGAGUUUCUCAAGAGCCUUGUAUUUCCUCUCCAGCCUACACGGUGGAAACGGCCUUGUCGCCUCGCGGGGCCGACCGUCAGCAUCCGUCUCGUGUCCCCCCUUCCCCACAUAGCGAUGCUAUCUCACCCAGUCUAGGGCCUUCCAACCCAAACUCUGUUCUUUCCUCUCCCGACAUGGCGAUGCAAUGUGGACCUGAAUUGCAGAGAAGACGAAGCAUUGCAGAGCAGGAGCUGGAUGAGCUUUCGUGUGCAGCAGAACAGCUCACGCUCUCAAUGAAGCUUAGCCUGCCACCGUCGCAAUCAGAACAGCAAAAGCCUUAG